AUGAUGCUAAACAUGGAAUUUCGUGCGUGCGGUGCCCUGUUCGCCCCGGUCAAGCCUGCUCUGCAUGGGAGCGGGCAGUUUGACAGAAUGCUGUCAAGCGCCAGAGGUCAAGGCCGAACGGACGCAGGGGCAAGGGCACAAUCGGAGAUGCUGCUGUGGGUCCUUGAGAGCGUGGGAGCUUCAAGCCGGGGUGGCUGCCAGGACAGCGGGAACAAGCAUGUAGCACAGUCAGAUGAACGAUCUUUCGUAAACGACGACCCUUUAGAAGUUGUGCAGUUCUGUUCAAUAAUCGGCGAUGUGCCAUUAAUUUCAUACCUCGUUUCACAAGCUUAG